AUGAGGCAGAUGUUUGUGAACAAAGUGAAAGAGACCGAAGCUGAGCUGAAGGAAAAGGAGAGAGAGCUUCAAGACAAGUUUGAGCAGCUGAAGCGCAUGCACCAGGAGGAGAAGAGGAAGGUGGAGGAGAAGAGGCAGAACCUGGAGGAGGAGAUGAACGCUUUCAACAGGAGGAAGGUGGCAGCUGAGACGCUGUCUCUCUCACAGCCGCUCAAGAAUGACAAAGACAAGAAGAAUUAA